AUGCUGGAUCACCGGGCCAGGAUGGAGAGCUCCAGGAAGGAGAAGGUGGAUCAGAUCCUGUCGGAGUUUCGGCUCAAGGAGGAGGACCUCAAGAAGGUCAUGCACCGCAUGCAGAAGGAGAUGGACCGCGGGCUCAAGCUGGAGACGCACGAGGAGGCGUCUGUGAAAAUGCUGCCCACCUACGUGCGCUCCACGCCCGAGGGCUCAGAGGUCGGAGACUUCCUCUCGCUGGACCUGGGCGGCACCAACUUCCGCGUGAUGCUGGUCAAGGUGGGCGAGGGCGAGGAAGGGCAGUGGAAGGUGAAGACGAAGCACCAGAUGUACUCCAUCCCCGAGGACGCGAUGACGGGCACGGCCGAGAUGCUUUUCGACUACAUCUCCGAGUGCAUCUCCGACUUCCUGGACAAGCACCAGAUGAAGCACAAAAAGCUGCCCCUGGGCUUCACCUUCUCCUUCCCCGUGCGGCACGAGGACAUCGACAAGGGGAUCCUCUUGAAUUGGACCAAGGGCUUCAAAGCCUCGGGCGCGGAAGGCAACAACGUCGUGGGGCUGCUCCGAGACGCCAUCAAACGGCGAGGGGACUUCGAGAUGGACGUGGUGGCGAUGGUGAACGACACGGUGGCCACGAUGAUCUCCUGCUACUACGAAGAUCACCGGUGCGAGGUUGGGAUGAUUGUGGGCACGGGCUGCAACGCCUGCUACAUGGAGGAGAUGCACAACGUGGAGCUGGUGGAGGGCGACGAGGGCAGGAUGUGCGUGAACACCGAGUGGGGCGCGUUCGGCGCCUCGGGGGAGCUCGACGAGUUCCUGCUCGAGUACGACCGCGUGGUGGACGAGACCUCCCUUAACCCCGGUCAGCAGCUCUACGAGAAGAUCAUCGGCGGCAAGUACAUGGGCGAGAUCGUGCGGCUCGUGCUGCUCAAGCUCGUCGACGAGAACCUGCUCUUCAACGGCGAGGCCUCCGAGAAGCUCAAGACGUGCGGCACCUUCGAGACCCGCUUCGUGUCUCAGAUCGAGAGCGACUCGGGCGACCGCAAGCAGAUCUACAACAUCCUGACGGCCUUCGAGCUGCUGCCCUCGGGGACGGACUGUGACAUCGUGCGCAUGGUCUGCGAGAGCGUCUCCACGCGCGCCGCCCAGAUGUGCUCGGCCGGCCUGGCCGGCGUCAUCAACCGCAUGCGCGAGAGCCGCAGCCAGGAGACCCUCAAAAUCACCGUGGGCGUCGACGGCUCCGUCUACAAGCUCCAUCCCAGCUUCAAGGAGCGUUUCCACGCCACGGUGCGGCAGCUGACGCCGGGCUGCGACAUCACCUUCCUCCAGUCGGAGGAAGGCAGCGGGCGCGGGGCCGCGCUCAUCUCGGCCGUCGCCUGCAAAAUGAAGACGCAGGCUGCCAGCGUGGAGGCCGUCAAGAUGCUGGACGAGAUCUUGCUGCAGCUCUGUACCUCGGUGCCUGUGGACGUGAUGCCCGGCGAGUUCGACCCCACCAACUACAUGCUGCCGCAGCAGCCGCUGCACCGCUGCAUGCUGCCCCUCUCCAGCGCCUACUCCACGCUCCAGCUGGUCACCAACCCCUACCAGGCCGACAUGGACGGCGUCAGGUUUCUGGGCACGUCGGGGCAGAACAUCAGUGACAUCUUCAAGUACAGCAGCAUGGACGACUACCUGGAGAUCAUGGAGUGCACCCUGCGGGUGGGACACAUCAGCCCCACGGCCCCCGACACGCUGGGCUGCUACCCCUUCUACAAGUCGGACCCGUUCAUCCUCAGCGAGUGCCCGCACGUCUACUUCUGCGGCAACGCGCCGCGCUUCCAGUCCAAGGUGAUCCACGGGGACGGCGGGCAGCGGGUGCUGCUGGUGGCCGUGCCCGCCUUCAGCGCCACGCAGACCGCCUGCCUCGUCAACCUGCGCGACCUCGGCUGCCAGCCCAUCAGCUGCGCCGGCUUCGGCGCCGACGACGGCGACAUGGAGCUCGGCCCCUGACGGGCAGCGCGA